AUGAUGCGCGAGAUCUUCGACACGUUCUUAACGGACCCAGUCCUCUUGUCGGAAGACGUGUACGUGCUCUGGCUCGAGGGCCAGAACGCAACAAGCGCUCUGGACGUCCGGUUCCGGUCGUAUGGACCAUCGCCUGUGUCGUCCGACAGCCUGCCGGAUGACCGCGACGACGAGCUGCGCGACCUCAUUUGGAGGGACACGGUCGACCAGUAUCGUCUCUUUGAGAAGCUCGAGUCGUAUUUCAUGCACCCAAAGCUCCUUCGCACGCAGCUCCUCUUCCAGAUCCCAGCGUGGCAGCAACAAGAGAUGACGGAGAAGUACUACGGCCUCGACGGGCCCGUCGUGCGUCGCCUCGUCGGAAAAAAGCUCACGUCAAAAGCGCAGAAAGACCUCGAUGAAGUCAGCGAGCAGUCGUUUAGGACGCUCAAGAAUUGUCGGCGCCAGUUUGAGAACCUCCGGCGCGUCUACGCCAUGCUCGAAGAGAAGAACUUUCAGGGCUGUAUUGCACGUGCCAUCAGCGAUCAUUUUCUCAUUUCAGAUCGCCUUGCCGCGAAGUACGCCGGCAUCGUCUUUCUUGUCCACGGGCGUUUUGAAGUGCACAUGACGCACAAGACGGUCGGUUUCCUGACAUGGUCAGAUCUGCAGUUCUUUGCAGCGCUGCUCAUGGGUCACUGGGUCACGCCAUCCACGAAGCGCCACUUGGGCCCCACCAAGCUCGCAUGUAAGACGCUCUCGGCGUCCAUUGCGGUCCUUGCCGAAGGGUCUGCGCUGCAUUGUGACACGACCGAAACUGACUGGCCGUCGCUCUCGCACCUUGAGACGAAAGUGACGCCAAUGAGCGCUCGUUACUGCGUCGGUGUCGACCUUAACCAACGCAUGACGAAUGCGCUUCGGGACCUCAAAGCGCACUUUCUCAACGACGUAGAGACUCUGACCGAGUACCGCAAUAUCGUCAUGCUUGAGCUUCAAGCCAAAUUGCAACCAGAGCAACUCGACCACCUUGGCCUGAAGAUGCUACCGAUAGCGCGCGGGCUGCUCACGAUUGGCGCUGGGCUCUCGCAGCCAAAAGAACUCAAGGAUCUCAUCGAAGACCUAGUGGACGCCGCUGGGCACGUGUUUAAGGAUUCGAAGCUGCGUCUGACCGAUAUUGAUUUGGUGUUCUCGGCGCUUAUUGAUUCAUUGAGUGCUAUCGACGUGUGGUACCUCAACGCAGACGAGACGCGUUUGCUCUUGCUUGCGAGCUGGGAGCUCUUUCUCAGCGUUGUUCGUGGCGUGCUCGUUACCAUUUACGACAGACUCUGA